AUGUUGGUAGGAUUUCUCCUAGUUUGUGCAACCGUGCUGGCAAAGCACAACGGAAAGAACGGCUGCGAGAAGGCCUCUAACACGGCAUGCGAAGAAAGACUGACCCAGGCGGGCUGCGAGACCUGCACUGGUGUGGGCCAGGACCAGACGUGCCUCACCUGCGGCGGCGGAAAGAAGGUGCAGCUCAAUGGAGUAAGCUGCGACGCCACUUGCCCCCAGAACUCUGCAGCCAACGACCAGAACGUCUGCGUGUGCAACCCGGGAUUCAGCCUGAACAAUGGGAAGACCGCGUGCGAGAAGGCCUCUAACACGCAGUGCAAUACUCCCAACUGCAAGGCAUGUGACAACCCCAAAACAGACAACGAAAUCUGCACCGAAUGUAAUGAUGGCAACUACCUCACCCCGACAAAGCAGUGCACGCAGAGCUGCGGAGCAAUAGGAAGCUACUACAACGGAGACAAAGAGUGCGAGCCUUGUGAUCCUAGCUGUGCUGGGUGCACCACAAAGGGACCAGCGAAGUGCACAGCUUGUCCUCCCGGGAAAAUGCUAAAAUACACCAAUGAUGAUCCUAAUCAAGGUGGAUCUUGUGUAGAUGAGUGCAAAGCAGAGGUGGACGGGUGUGCAGAGUGUGGAGCGGUAAUCGGCGGUACGAAGUACUGUUCAAAAUGCAAGGAAGAUAAGUGGGCACCUCAGAAUGGCGUGUGCGCUAAUUCAGUAACAAGGAAUUCAUUCUGCACGAACGCAGCAGGUGGCGUAUGCACUCAGUGUGCUGCAGAUCAUUUCCUUCAAGAUGGAGGCUGCUAUAAACUCGGCAGACAGCCCGGUGAGCAGAUAUGCACACUAGCUGAUAGCAAUGGUGGAUGUCAGACGUGCGCCAAUAGUCUUCAGCCUAAUAAUGGAGCAUGCCCCUCGUGUCAUUCGACCUGCAAGACAUGUCGUGAUGCUAAUUCUGCAAAUGCUUGUACAACGUGUGCAACUGGGUACUACAUGGUUGGAUUAGAUCCUGGGACAUGCACAUCAUGUGAAAGUGACAGUGGAAGUGUCAAGGGAGUUGCUGGCUGCAUGAGCUGCGCUCCUCCAUCUAAUAAUCAAGGCUCCGUCCUCUGCUACCUCAAGAACGGUGACAGUACCGGCGGAAGCACGAACAGGAGCGGGCUCUCCACUGGCGCCAUCGCGGGUAUCUCCGUCGCCGUGAUCGUUGUCGUCGGAGGGCUUGUCGGCUUCCUCUGCUGGUGGUUCCUCUGCCGCGGAAAGGCAUAG